AUGCCAGAGAUUGUCGAUGGCACCGGCGAUGUAUUGCCACCGGUAUCAACCAGCGUCGGAGAAUCUCCUCCGGAGGUCAACCUGUUGGGAAAGUACGAGCUUGGUAAGCUCCUUGGAUACGGAGCCUUCGCGAAGGUGUACCAUGCUAGGAACGUACGUACGGGACAGAGCGUGGCGAUCAAGGCAGUUAGCAAGCAAAAGGUUCUGAAAGGAGGGUUCACGGCGCACAUUAAGCGCGAGAUCUCCAUCAUGCGACGGCUCGGUUACAUAAAUAUUUUUCUUGUACCAUUCCAAGAAAUUGAAAAUUCUGACUACAUAUUUUGGUUGGACCAAGUUAUGCCAGAGAUUGUCGAUGGCACCGGCGAUGUAUUGCCACCGGUAUCAACCAGCGUCGGAGAAUCUCCUCCGGAGGUCAACCUGUUGGGAAAGUACGAGCUUGGUAAGCUCCUUGGAUACGGAGCCUUCGCGAAGGUGUACCAUGCUAGGAACGUACGUACGGGACAGAGCGUGGCGAUCAAAGCAGUUAGCAAGCAAAAGGUCCUGAAAGGAGGGUUCACGGCGCACAUUAAGCGCGAGAUCUCCAUCAUGCGACGGCUGUGCCACCCUCACAUCGUGCGCCUCCAUGAAGUUCUUGCUACCAAGACAAAGAUCUACUUCGUCAUGGAGUUCGCAAAGGGAGGCGAGCUUUUCGCUAAAGUCGCCAAAGGGCGAUUCAGCGAAGAUCUCAGCCGUCGAUAUUUCCAGCAAUUGAUUUCCGCCGUCGGGUAUUGCCACUCUCGCGGCGUUUUCCACCGAGAUCUCAAGCCGGAGAAUUUAUUAUUAGACGAAAAUUGGGAUUUAAAAGUCACCGAUUUUGGACUCAGCGCCUUGACGGACCAGGUCCGACCUGACGGGCUCCUUCACACCCUCUGCGGUACACCAGCUUAUGUGGCUCCGGAAAUUCUCACGAAGAAAGGUUACGAUGGAGCUAAGGUUGAUGUAUGGUCGUGCGGAGUCAUUCUUUUCGUUUUGAACGCCGGUUACUUACCAUUUAACGACCAAAACCUCAUGGUCAUGUACAGAAAAAUCUACAAAGGCGAGUUUCGUUGCCCCAAAUGGACCUCUCCUGAGUUGAAGAGAUUUUUGUAUCGAUUACUUGAUACGAAUCCGGAGUCCCGAAUCACUGUGGAUGAAAUUACUAAUGAUCCGUGGUUCCGAAAAGGUUACAAGGAAAUUCAGUUUCAAAUUGACCCUGAUUUUGAGUUCAAGGAUUGUGCUGAUAGUAGUGAUAACAAGCAGUUGAACGCUUUUAAUAUCAUCUCAUUCUCGUCUGGGGUUGAUUUGUCUGGGUUGUUCAAUCUUCCCGGUGUUUCGGUUAGUAGUGAACGGUUCGUAUCGGCGGAGUCACCGGAGAGAAUUAUUGGUAGAAUUGAGGAAGUUAUGAAAGAAGAGGAGGGGAUGAAAGUGACAAGAAAUGAAGAUUAUGGCGGGUUGAGGUUUGAGGGUCAGAGUGGUAACUUUGUUGGGGUGGUGGAGAUUCACCGGUUAACGGAGAAGCUGGUUGUGGUGGAGAUUAAGAGGCGAGAGUGUGGUGUUGGUGUUGGACCCAGCAGCAGUGAAAUAUGGAAAGAGAAGUUGUGGCCACAGCUAAGUGGCUUGGUUUAUCAACCGGAGAGGCAGGUCGCCGGUGGUUAAAGUGAAUGGCCUUUUGGGCUCAGUCACUGAUUGUGAAUGGGUCUGAUAUGUUUGGUCCACACGGCCCACACCACGCAGAAAGUGUACCUUUAUGUAUUUUUUUUUUUGAAAAGACCUUACGUUGUUGUUUAUUCUUGUGAUGUUGCAUGUCAUGUCUGCAAUUUUUGUCUGUAACGGACAAAUAUUUAUGCUGUAAAUUAAAGAGGCAGGACAAAAAGGUGUGCAUCCACCUCCACUUGUGCUUUUGUCGAAUUAGGGAGUUGGUCCAAUUGAAAUGAACCACUCUAACUCAUAGUAAACCCCUAUCUUGCUAAUUUAUGG